GAAACUUUCAACAUAACCUACAAUAAAUUCGUGUUUGUCGUUUCGCGUUCUUUUGCUUAUAUAUAGUUAAUUGUUCAUUAGUUUAAAAAAUUCUUUUUGUUUCAUUGCCUAAUCCGUCUUCAAAUCUAUACGCCAAUAAAUGUUAAAUUGUUUCCAUUGAUUAUUUUCAUAGAGAAGUGAGUGAAAUUACGCAAAGUAAAAAAAAAAGUUUUUUGAUAUAAUUUUGUUAAUGAAACGAGCCUACAAUCAAAAUAGUGCAGCGAAAAAUCAGUGAUAUAAAAAUAAAACUUGUGCAGCAAGUGCUAAUGUUACGGAAAUUUAAGAGUUAUUCGUGAGGCAGAUCAUUCGAUUGUUGUAUACAAUAUUGAAGGAAACGAAUGUGCAAAGAAUUUAGUGCCGUUACCCACUGUUACCUGACAUUAAGGAUUUGGCCUGAACAAGUGACUGCUGUAAAACUGAACACAUAAGUGUGUGCAUGACUGAAGCCUUGACUGAUGCCUUUUGACAAAGUUUUCGUUUGUUGCCUCCAAUGCCUCAUAUUGACCCAAUCAAACAACAAUCACAGUACUGAAUAUCCAUCAGUUCAUUGGCAUGAAUCGGGGAGUUCGACCGAAGUAUAUAGAUGAGUAUGAAUGUAACGGACCUCGGCCACCUGUGCCUGGCCAAGAAAGCCGUAUGUCAAGGAUGACCGAAAGUGACACCGAUGGCCGUUCACAUCGGACAUCAGUGGCAUCGUUUUCCAAAUGGAACACUUUGACGGGACUGUUAGAAGAUGAAGAAGGUCUGACACUGUUCAAAAAGUAUGUGGAACGUGACGCUAGGCCGGAACAUUCGGCACGUUUAGAUUUUUACUUUGUCUGUGAAGGAUUGAAACAGUACAAAGAUGACCCUCGUCUGGCUAGAAAGUGCAUUUCGCUUAUAUAUAGAACUUAUAUACAAAAAGGCCCGAUUCAAAUAUCAAUAUCAAAGAUAGACAGUAAUUUUAAGCAAAAAUACGACGCAAUUCGGAAUGAGGAGAAUCCACCCGACAUUCAGAUCUUUGAUCUCUUGCAACAAGAGGCGUUUCGGUUGCUUAACAAGUCAGCAUUUCAAAAUUUUCUUCAAUCCGACGACUACAUAGCGCACAUUGCAAAUGCAACUGGCAGCGGUGCCGGCUGUACGUCCACGUCGAGCAGUUCGGGUAGUAAUAGUGCACAAUUGCCGCGAUCUGCACUUCCCACUGUUGUCGAAGAUCAGGAAUUAUCGAUCAACAGGGAUGAAAUUUUGCACACUGGGGAAGGAACUCCAAUGCGGUUGACAAGGGAACUGUUACUGUUAUCACAGCAACGAAGACUUGAAGCUCGUCCGCCUGCAACACAUGGCUAUUCCGUGUACAACACUUGUGCAUCGUUCAAUCCAGUAUCGAGGCAAGACUCCGAACGACAGAGCUGCAGUUCCGGUGGCGGUGGAAAAUCUGACUCUGACACAAUGUCUGUAGCGAGUGGUCGCGAUGGUAGAUCACACGGACAUGGACAUGGACAUCCAACACAGGUAUCGAACAAAGAAACUCUGACAAAGUCUACGCACAUCCCGCGAACACAGCGAGUACCACUACCUACAGCGACUAAUCCAAAUUCUGUGGAGUUUAUCACUAAACUUAGGGAAAAGCUAGAGGCUCUUCAACGACAACGACAAAUGCCACACCAAUUGAACAUACCCGAUCCAUCAGAUAACUUACCCAGACCGUCCAAGAAUCAGCUAAACCUACAUGACUUAACAAAGAAACUCCAAUUAGAGGAGGACAACGAUCAGUCAAUAUUGGAUCAACAUGUAUCGCGUGUAUGGUCGGAUUUGACACCACACCGUUCACCUGGAACAAUAUCACCGUGUCCUCCAGUGCCAAAUCGAAGACGAACUCAUGAUCCGGUCAUCACCGGUGUUGAUGCUGGUCAAUCAAUGCGACACUCAAAGUCAAUGCCAGAUCAUGCGUCCUCGUCCAGACGUCUUACGCAUAAAUGGGCUUCUAUGAACACUGACAGUGGUAUCAGUCUCUUUUCAGCGGAUACAACGCUACGGUCGAGAGAUUCAAAUUCCCGCUCUCGAUCUGGUGUAGAUCCAAUAACCAUAAGUACAGUGGAAGAAGCAAGUCGACGUUUAUUGGAAGAUGAAUCGAGGAGAUCGCGUCGACAUUCUCAGCAUCCGCCACAACCGCGUCAAAUGGCUGCGUUGUCGGAGUCAACCAUUGCCGUGUAUACGUAUUUAGAUGAAGAAUUACCAUAUCGUUCGAAACUGCCUGGUUUGCAGCCAACCCUCAGACUGUUUAAGGAAUAUUUGCCGAAGAAAGGGAAUUUCAGAUUCUUUUUCAAAACGACAUGCGAUGAUUCUGAAAAUCCAAUCAUCCAAGAAGAAAUUGUGAACGAAGACGAAAUUCUGCCCCUGUUCGAAGGUAAGGUGAUGGGUCUGGUGAAACCGUACGAAUGAACGGGCUCUGGCGACAAAUUGUAGAGCCGUACAGACCGACCGUUUGAUUCGAAGACAAACAAACAAACAAAAAAUUUAGUUAAGAGAUGACGGACUUACUUUACCUGCAAUAAUUAUUAAGUUUAGAGAGAGAGUGAUAGACACGAAUUGUACGACAGAUGGAUUUUGUAAAUGGCAUUUUUGUUACCGUUCCAUAAUUUAUUUAUAAAAAUGCGUAAAGUAUAAAAUGUCGAUUCAUUGAUCGGGCCGAACCGGUGUUCACUGGAAUGAGCAUUCUGAACAAUUUUCUUUAAAACAUUUUCGAUUCGUGUUGGAAGAGGUGUACAUUUUUAAGGUCGAAAUUCGCUUUGUUUUGAAUUAUCGUUUUUAUGAGAAACACUGAGUGUGGAGCCAUAGAAUUACGACUUCUAGCGACCUUCAAUUCAUUCCACAAUCCACACUUACAAUAUGGAUCUUACCACAUUACAUAUCGUAGGCGACGAGCUGACUCAUGUGGAUGUGGAAUGAAUAGAAUUUGAUGGCACCUUAAGGCCACUGAAUAUUCAAAAAGGGACAAUCAGUAAAAACAAACGCAGCGUUGAAUUAACCCCGUUCACGGUUUUCUUAAGCUCUUGGCCAUUCUUAUGUCAAAUUUCCUUACGUUCUUAGUAGAGAAAUUGAGUUUCCAAGCUUUCUCGUCUCGUCACUCCAUUUGAGUUGAAAUGUAUUUGACGAAAACAGAACAAUUGGCUGUGCGGUUGAAUGUCAAGUGAUUUGAGAAGGCUGAGACCUUUUAUAGCAGCUCAAUUUGCAAUAAAUUUAGUUCGAUUUCUCGAAUAAAUGAGCUAGGAUGUGUUCACUACUUUCCUAAAGGCUGUUUUAUCUAUGUCUGCCAAAGCACCAUCGAAACUUGUGGCGGGCAUUUUUUAUCUACCAUGUGUACGAUUUAGUAGUAUCGGUGCUAAUUCCGCGCUUAGAGUAGGACACGAAAGAUUCUAACUCUGGUCAUUGAAAGGUUGCGUUCGAGUAAUAUCGAUUUAGAGGAAGGCUUAGGGGUAGGCAUAUCAUCAAAUGUUUUCAACGUAAUGUUUGCCUAGUGAGAAUACUCGACCUUAUCCCUACAAUAAACCAUUUAUCUUCCAUGUCCUAAUAUCCCUGCACAAAGGGCACUACAAGAUGCAAAUUUUUCGUGUUUUGAGCAUUGCUCGAUAAAAAAAUGAGGUUUAGGGGAUUUAGUAUCGGAACCUAUCCAGGCAUUAAAUCAAACAGCCUUUGGGAAUGUAGUGUAGAAUUCAACAGAUUGAAAUAAAGUUUCUCGUAGCGAAUGGUGUCCAUCUAAAAGUGAAUUUCUACUUAUUCGCCUGCGAACAUACUACUUCCCGGAAUGGGCGUGAUUGUCCACCAUUCGAAGUAUUUAGUCUCGUGUAAAUUUUGUGUAAAUUCUAUCGACGGCAAACAGAGUUCUUAAAAGAAAAGCGAACAUUUCGAACAAAAAUAAAAGUAAAAAAUUGACUAUGUCUUGCCGGAAUUUGAGAUAAAUUCGUUAAUUUAGCUCAUUUAGAUCGUAUAAUUUAUGUUAAAUUAAAUUAUUUUUUAUAAACAAAUCGAAGAGAAAAAGUAAAAAGAAAAAUUGUCUACGAAAAUGGGAGCGAAAUAUUGUUUAAGAUAAAAUUAAGUUUUGGCAACAUGUACGGAACCAAUCAUCAUUUAAAUGCAAGCGAUCAAAGGCCAGCGAUUUAGAUUUAAAUUCUUUCAAUCUGACAUACGAUUGUGUGAACAAUGAUUCCUUGUGUCGCCGAAAAUUAACGUUUUCACCAGUUUUUCGGUUUCUGUUUUACGAAAGAAAACGACAGCAGUCCGAGAAAUCAUUGCAAUAAACGGAGCUGGUCUGUCUUCCAUAGCAAAGAAUUUUUAUAGCAAUCACUUCUACAAAAACAAUAAUUUUUUGUCGGGAGAGUAUGAUUGUUCCUCACCGACAAUUUUGUGUCCUCCAAAUGGAAAUUUGACCUCGUAAAGUAAUUUACAUUUCAGUCGCUUUCUCAUACCAAUGACUGUGGUCUGCUCAGUUUUCACUGCAGGUUGUUUUGUUGUCAAAAUAAUCAAGUGUACAAAGGAAAGCACUGCUUUCAAAGCAGUCAGUCAGUCAUUGGUCUCAAAAGGCUCGGAAUUGGGUCGAACUCAGGUAAAGAAUGAUCGCUUUAGGAUACUUAAGAUGAAAUAUCCGCAAUAAAAUUAAACCAUCCUAAAUCCUGCAAAUACGGUCAAUAGAUACAUUUAGGAACUAAUGAAUCAGGUCACAGGUCUAGAUGUUAAAUGUGACUGGAUUUACAGGAUUUAAAAAAUCACCUGAUUCCGAGCCUUAUCCAACAUAUUCGGACUUAAAUUGUUUUUAUGUCAUUAUUAGGAGACACUUGACGUGAAUAACAAUGGAAUCGCGAUCGCAAAGGUAGAAACCACUAGGAUUUUUGUAAAAAAAAAAUUGAAUCUUUUUAACGGAUGAAUGUAAAAAAGAAAUGAACAAAAUUAGAUUAGGUUGUUCUUCAGUAAUAAAAAAAAUCGAUGAAUUUCGAUUAGUCUUCCCGUGUUGAGGAGUUUUUUUUUUAAUCUUGGAAAAUCAUCCAUCCAUUUAACAUUCUCAUCGAAAGCAUUUUUCCAACUACUUAUCACAAUAGCCAUUACAAUGCUUUGCGCCAAAAUUAUAUUUUUUUUUUAAUUAAAAAAUGUAAAACAAGAAAUUUAACAGAAAUUACCAGGUGUAAAAUAAGUGCCUUGUUCUGCAAAUUGAUUUUAGUGUUUAAAAAAAGAGAAAAAUUAACAAAACCUGGUAAUUAUUAGAACUGACAAAACGUAAGCGUCAUUUUCCAUUUUCUUCCUUUUUCAGGCCUCGCACGACUCCUCUUAUUCCGAAGAUUUUGUAAAUACCUCCUAAAAAUCAUCCAUAGUUUCUCCUAAGAUCACCGAUAAUCAUACAUUUUUCCAACAACUGACACCAGAUCAAGUUUGUCCUUAGUGGGCGAUUUGUAUUUAUUCAUAUACAGCUCGGGCCUGGAAAAAUAUUUUUGGCUGAUGCUUUGGUGAUUGGUUGUCAGAUAGCCAGUUCGGCCCUGACCGACGCAACUCACUACGUCGCCGCGGGAACAUUUCAAAUGGAUUUUCAAUUCUUUCAAUUCUGGCAUUAAAGAAUCGUGUGCUUGGUUUGUUGGGCCAACGAACAUUUUAUUUUUCAUUUGUUCCUUCACACUGAUACCUACAUUUUGACUCUAGGGCUCGAUGACCAAAAUCGUAGUGAACAUUGGCCUCAUGUACGCCUGAUGUGUAUGGGUCACGUUUGAAAAAUCCAGACAAAGGCUAAUCUGUGUCUGCAUUAAAAUACUAUGACGUAUGGGUUGUGGGACAAAAU